AUGUCUACGAACCCGGCUGAAAGUCAUCCGUCGAGCGUGGUUAGCGACUCGUAUGAGAUCCAGUCACUCGCCACCGCGCCUUCGUCAGCCACAAUUGUCCCAAUACAGUCUCAGUCCCCGUCACCGGGGCCCGCCACACACCUCUCCUCAGAUAGUACAACUGUACCGGCACCCGAAGUCAUCUCCAUUGGGUCCAUCCUCGCGUCAUGCAAGCUUGACUCCGAACAUCUUGGACCCGUAAUGGAGGAGCUCGGCAUACACACGGCUGAGGAAGCUCGCGCGUUGGCGUCUAUGCCAAAUGAGGAUGUUACAGCGUUCUUUGAGAAGCACCACGAGAAGCUUGGAAUGAGCGAACUCCAGCGCUUCGUCUUUGUUUCUAAGUGCAAGAAGCUUGCGUGA